AUGGUUAAUGUCAAAAAAGGAGUGAUUUUGACAAGUGAUCCGGCUUUCAGACAAUUGUUGAUUCAUAUGGAUGAAUCGAGACAAUUGGGAUCGAAGUUUAUUGUUAGGGUUAGUGAAAUUUGAAUUUUUAUUUGAAAAAUUGAGGAAAAAUGCAGUUUUAAAAAUUAUUUUACCGAAAAUUUCGAAAAAUUAAAAAAAAAUUAAACGUUUUCUAUUCAAAACUACUGUAUCCCGUAUUCAUUUUUCCUCAUUCUCCCAUCAUUUUUUUUCAUUUUUCAUCAAAAUUAUUCGAAUUGAUAAGAAGAAACAAAUACAGAAGCUGUCAUGUUAUCAAUAUCAAAAAAAAUUCCAAUCAUUCCAGGAACUCGACGAAACGCAUUUGUUCAUCGAAAAAGAUGUGAUUCCAAUUCUUGAAGAACGCGUCGAAUCAAUCAUGGAACAAAUGAAUCCAGAAAGUAAUGAGAAAUAA